AUGAAAAGCUUCAUCCAGAUGGUCCAUCUGGACCUGACUGCCAUCCCUGACUCCCGGGCGACCGCCACACCAGAGUCCGGACUCCGCCGCCCGGAUCCCGCCUCGAUCCGCCGCCCCCCGCCAGCCGCCCGGACUCGCGGCCCAGCCCUCGGAGACGCGGCCGCGCUGCGCGCUUGGAGGGCCGCCCCGGGCCUCGGGGAGCCGGCCGGCAGCGCCCGCGUCCACCUGCGGCCCCGCGCGGCCCCUGGCGGCGGCGUGAUCCUGGCCGGUGGCGGCCGCCUCUGCCUGCCCCGCGGCCCCGCGCGCCCGCUCUGUGUCCUGCUGCGCGUCCUGCUGCGCGCGCGCCUGGCCGCCGCGCCCGCGCUCGUGCACCUGCGGCUGUCUGCGCGCCGCGGCCGGCUGUCCCUGCUGUGGCGCACCGCGCUGCCCCGCGCGCUCGGGCGCCCGGAGUGGACCUUCUGGCUCGUGCCGCUGCGGCCCGCCGGCCCUCGGCGCCCCCGCCGCUCCACCUCCGACCUGCCGGCCGCAAGGCCUCGCCCCUCCGCGGGCUUCGUGGCCCAAACGCAGUGUCCCACGGAUGGGCCCACGCCUGUUGUCCUGGAAGCUCUCACCUCGGAUGGGCCUCAAGCCAUCCAGUCUUCCGUGUCCUGCCAGGUAUCCCCAGAGGUGCCCUGUGAGAUCACCAUGGUGAAGAUCAAUAGGAACAAGGAUGGCGAACCCUUGGUGCUGACCAGGAAGAUGGAGGCUACCCUCAAUGCCACCUACAAGUACAACUGUGUAUACUCCACCUUAAUUGUUUCCUACUGGCAGGUGUUUUCCGUGAACUCGGUAAAGGAUCUGCCCCAGUGGUACAGACCUUUGGAUAUACCAAUCACGAAAUCAGGGAGGGUGCCAACAUUUCUACAUAUCCCUCCAAAAUCUUUAACUUGGGGAGUGUAUGUGAUGAGAUUCGUAGUCGACGUCUAUGCGAAUCGAAAUAGGCCUCAGGCCUCAGCCUCAGAUUUCAUGUAUGUCAGCAUCGUCAGAAGUGACCUAGAAGCAGUUAUUGCUGGGGGUCCCAACAUAACAAUCAAAUUCACAGAUCAGCUGGUUCUGGAUGGAUCGGGGUCGUCUGAUCCAGAUUCGGACAGUCCUUCGCAGGGACUCCGUUUUUCUUGGUACUGUACCACGGAUCCAAAAAACUACCAGGGACAUAAAAUCACAGUGAUGAGCAACAGCGUCUGCACCCCAAAGCAUACUAAUCUGAACUGGAAGGAGGCCUCUGGCCCUGUCCUCACACUUCAGCCAGGAACACUGAAAGGUGGAGAUGAUCCCUUUCCUUGGAUGAAUGAUCAGGAAAGCUGUUCGGCAGAGGUGGUUGGAUUCAGGAUGACAGGAACCACACCUGACGGCGACGUGGUCGAGAUCAUGCCUGAUGUAGCAGAAGUGUACAUCGCCAGAAAAAACUUGAGCUUUGCAUCUUUUAACCUCACAGUGGGACCGGAGAGUGAGACCGAGGGAGCUGAUGAGUCCUUGAAAAGGACAACAGGGAAGUUUAGGGUUGAGGUGGACAGCAGUGUAGUGAAGGAGUUGCUGGUCCACAUUGUGACCGAAGUGACCGUGUUGUUCACGGUGUUGGUGUACGCCGGCAGUGAAAUUUCCCCCACUGCUCUGGUCGCCACCUUCCUUGUGCCCCAUGACAUUCCUCCCAUGACCAACCAGAGUGACCUGUUUGACUCAGCCUGUGCCGUUAGGGAGGCCCGCGUGGUUUGCCUUCCAGCAUCCCUGCUGCAAGUCAUAGCUCAGCGAGGCGGCUCGUCUGAGUGCACGUUGGUCAUAGCUCUGCAGGCACCUCGUUUUGUCAUGGCAGCCAAUGAUAAGCUCGUGAGAAUCGCUCUUUUCAGCGCUCACUGCCUAGACAUGUAUGGGAUCCAGAGCGACUGGAGAGAAGAUACCUGUGUUCUCGGAGAGAGGACCACGUGGCGAAGAGUGCACUGCAUCUGCCAAAGCACAAGGAGGGUCCGGCGGCAGCUGGAUCUAAUAAAACAAGCCAGCCGGCACCUGCAAACCCACUUUUUGACGACUAACGUGAUUGUGGUCCCUAAUCCUGUAGAUCUUCGGUUGGAGGUCAUCACCAGUGUUACCCGCAACUAUGUGACGCUCUUCACUGUACUUUUCAUUAUGCUGAUGUACAUAAUCCUAGCUUUCUGGUCUUUGCUGCAAGAUGAAACAGAUCAGUAUCUUCGGCUACACGUGAUAAUUCUACUUGAUAAUGAUCCUUAUGAUAAGGUGUGUUACCUCGUGACUGUUUUUACAGGAAGCCGUUAUCGGGCAGGGACCAGGGCCGAUGUCUUCAUGCAACUUAUGGGAACGGAAGGUGCCAGCGAUGUGCAUUGUCUGAGCCAUCCGCAUUUUACAACCCUCUACCGGGGAGGCAUCAACACUUUUCUCCUAACCACGAAAAGGGACUUGGGGGACAUCCAUUCCAUUCGUGUGUGGCACAACAAUGAGGGCAAAUCCCCCAGCUGGUAUCUAAGCAGAGUCAAGGUAGAAAAUCUGUUCAGCCGACACAUCUGGCUGUUUUUAUGCCGGGAAUGGCUUUGUAUUGACACCUCUUUGGACAGAACAUUUCUUGUUACCGACCCAGACCAGCCUAUCAACAGAAAGGACUAUUUCCUGAUAGAAUCAGCUUACAGGAUGGGGAGAGAUCACCUGUGGUUCUCCAUUUUCUCCACUAUCAUUGAUACCCCAUUCAAUCGGCUGCAGAGACUGUCCUGCUGUUUGGCAAUGCUGAUGGCCUCCCUUCUGUGUAAUAUUAUGUUCUUUAAUCUCAACAGAACAGAAGGAAUGGCGUCAGGAGAGGGGAGCUAUGUCAGGUCAAUGAUGAUAGGGCUGGAAAGUGUGCUAAUUGCACUCCCUCUGCAAAUGUUGAUCAUUUUUCUCUUCACCUACUCCCAGAGGGAACCUCGUGUGACUCUAGAAACGGUGUCUCCCCGGAGUGAUUCCUUGGAGCAAGAACAUGCACACUGGCAGGAAUUUCUGAAAAAGUGGCACGUUGAGGAAAGUGCGCAUGUACCGACCAAGAAGGCUUCGGAGCCUCCAACUGGGAAGAGAUCUAGAGCUCCGAAGGCUGCCAAGGCGCUCACUACGAUAGGGCGCCGGCAAAAGAAAGGACAGCGCACGGUCACACGCACGCAGGGACAAAAUAAAAAUGCCAGUAACGCAAACACAAAUAACAAUCAGGUUGUUGCUUCUACAGAGCCUUCUCCCCAAGCAGGUCCUGUCGAACCCAAGGAGAAGAGCAGGGUCGUUCUGCCUCCGUGUUGCCUUUAUGUAGCGUGGUGCUUGGUGUUCGUCACAUCCAGUAUAUCUUCGUUCUUCAUCAUAUUUUAUGGACUGAGCUAUAGCUAUGAAAAGUCAAUGGACUGGCUCUUUGCAUCGUUUUGUUCAUUCUGUCUGUCUGUUUUGCUGGUGCAGCCAUGCAAAAUUAUACUCUUGUCAGGCUUCAGAGCUGGUAGGCGCAAGUAUUGUAAAAACCUUUCAUGGACAAGCAAGUACCGCUAUAUUGAGAUCGAGCUUCACGGCACGAUGAACCGAGAAGAAAGGAAAAGGCGACACCAGAUGAUCAUGGAGCUCCGAAGAUCGAGGAUGUACCAGCCCCUCACCGAAGACGAAAUCCUAAUAUUCAAGAGGAAGAAGGCAAUUAAGAGAAGGGCUUUCCUGUUCCUGUGUUACGUUCUGACUCACUUCAUCUUUCUAGCCCUCCUGUUGAGCCUCGUCGCCCUCCUGCGUCACACGGACAGCUUUUACUAUAACCAGUUUGUUCGCGAUCGGUUCUCUGUGGAUCUCGGCUCGGUGACCAAGCUGGAGGACAUCUACAGGUGGCUGAACAGCGUGCUGGUGCCCCUGGUCCACAAUGACCCGAAUCCAGCCAUUCUGCCCGACAGCUCCUCUAAAGUCCUGGGGCUUCCACUGCUGAGGCAGGUGAGGGCAAGACCUGGCGAUAAACUCUGCCUGCCUGCCAACUUUGCCCAGACCAGCAUGGGAAGAGAAAUCCAUUGUCAUCCCAGCUAUGGCACUGACCCGGAAGACACCAGAAGCUACUCUGGCCUUUGGAACAAAGUUCUCAAGAGGCCUGAGGAUAAGAAUACCGAUGGGUUUACUUACAAGCCUCCAGAGAAGAUCUGGGGGUACGUCUCCCACGGACUCUUACACACCUACGGGUCGGGAGGCUAUGCGUUCUAUUUUUUCCCAGAGCAGCAGCCUUUUAAUUCCACCGUGAGGCUCAGGGAACUCCAGAGCAGCGAGUGGCUUGAUGAGCAGACGUGGGCCGUGAUUCUGGAGCUGACCACCUUCAACCCAGACGUCAGUCUGUUCUGUAGCAUUUCUGUCGUUUUCGAGGCGUCUCAGUUAGGAGUUGUGAACACGAGCCUAUCCGUGCACUCCUUCUCGCUUGCUGAUUUCGACAGGGAGACUUCCGCCGAAAUCUACUUGUAUGUGGCCAUUCUCAUUUUCUUUUUAGCCUAUGUGGUCGAUGAGGGUUAUAUCAUCAUGCAAGAAAGGGCCUCGUACGUGAGAAGUGUGUAUAAUCUGCUCAACUUUGCUCUGAAAUGCAUAUUUACUGUGCUGAUUGUGCUCUUCUUUAGGAAGCACUUCUUGGCCACUGGCAUAAUUCGCUUUUACUUGUCGCACCCUGAGGAUUUCAUUCCGUUUCAUGCGGUUUCUCAAGUAGAUCACGCCAUGAGGAUCAUUUUGGGUUUCCUGUUAUUUCUGACCAUUUUGAAGACCCUCAGGUAUUCCAGAAUCUUCUAUGACGUGCGCCUGGCUCAGAGGGCCAUUCAAGCGGCCCUUCCCGGCAUCUGCCACAUGGCCCUGGUGGUGUCCGUGUACUUUUUUGUGUACAUGGCAUUUGGCUACCUGGCGUUUGGUCAACACGAGUGGAACUACAGUAACCUGAUUCAUGCUACGCAGACGAUAUUCUCCUAUUGCGUUUCAGCCUUUCAGAGCACCGAGUUCUCCAACAACAGGGUUCUGGGGGUCCUGUUCCUCUCAUCCUUCAUGCUGGUGAUGAUCUGCAUAUUGAUCAACUUGUUUCAGGCCGUGAUUUUGUCUGCCUAUGAGGAAAUGAAGCAGCCCGUGUAUGAAGAACCAUCAGACGAAGCGGAAGCAAUGACCUAUCUGUGUCGCAAGCUAAGAGCAAUGUUUAGGUUUCUGACCUUCCAACCCAGGGACGAAGAUGAACCAGAGUUCUUUGUCAACAUGCUGUAUGGGCAGCCAGAGAAGAACAGCCGGCGGUAUCUGGGGCUGAAGACCAGAAACAUCAAGGGGAAGAAAAUGGUUUAUCUUGUUGUGUGA